GGUAGACGACGCACUUCAAUCACUCAACGUCCUAGAUCUCCUCGUGUCCGAGAUGUCCUUGGUGCCUCCCGACUACGGCUCAUCCUCAGAUGAAGAGCCACGAUAUACAGGGGAAACGGCAAAUCAUCUCGCAGGCGCUGGCACCGGGCAUUCGCGGAAUGUCACUUUUCUGAAGAGCACAGGAACUUCCGUUGAGCAGCAGCCCGUACAAGUUAUCUUACAUGAGCUACUAGAUCCAGAUUAUGGUAGUUACCUUUGGCCCUCUGCGUUAGUUCUUUCUGCAUUUGUAUACUGGAAUGCAGGCCGAUUUUUCAACAAGCAAGUUCUGGAAGUCGGAUGCGGCACAGCUCUACCUGGUCUCUUGGCGGCGAAGCUGGGUGCUAAACGUGUCGUACUAUCAGAUUUACCGGAUGCAGAGCAUCUACUAAAGAAUGCACAGCAUGCAGUGCAUGCUAAUCAAGUGGAUGAUGUAUGUAGUGUAAUCGGGUUGAAAUGGGGCAAGUUCCCGCCGUUGUCGGAUCCUUCUUACCUGUUUGAUUUCAUUCUUGGUGCCGACGUGUUUUACGAACCUCGGGACUUUGACGAUCUCAUUGCCAGCGUGGCAUAUAUUCUCUCACAAAGCCGACCAUCCGCCAAGUUUAUCACUGCAUAUCAGGAACGGAGCUCGCGGCGAACGGUUCAGCCUUUACUAGAAAAAUGGAAUCUGCGGUGCAGGAUUGUAGAUAAGCGCAGGUUUGGAGGAUGGGGCGAAGCGUGGAGGGUAGAUGGGAAGGAACAAGUACCAAGAGAAAUUGGAAGUGUUGCAUUGCUGAUAAUAGAGCGAGCAGCUGGAUGUAUUUAAGCAGAAGACCAGUCUAGCUACAAGUGCGCAAAAGUGUAGGCGGGGAGCCUGCAGAUGAUAAUCGGCAGCUAUUGGCUCCAAUGUCGCCCAGCUUCUAAGACGACUGCAGUAUUGGAGAUCGACUACAUGAUAGCAUGGAUCUUCUUCACAAAGCAUGGAAGGAAGCAAUAGCAAAAUGUCCGCUUCCCCGACAGCAUGGAACAGCUGCUGGAACCACGACUGUAGUUGGCUUACAGCACUUGUAGUUCGCCCAAGCCAUGCAUUGCUUCAUCGAGUUAUUCCCCAGCAUCCCAGAGGAAGAGGUGGGAUGCAGAAGCCCUGGAUAGAAGAGUGUAGCGGGCUCAUAGAACUAGAACUGUACACUUUUACAUUAAACUUUAUACUACAUAGAUUAGGAUGCAUAGAAGAUGACCAGUAUUCAACGAGGAAGGAUAACGCUAGGCACUCAAAACUGCCACUAAGAGGAGGGUCGCACCAAAUACAGACGUCUUGGCUACCUUGGCACCUGCCACUGUCCCACUUCCCUUCGACUGAUCU